AUGGCCAUGGACAACACUACGCUCCACACCUUCCUCUUGUAUGUCUACCCCUCUGUGCCACUCACUCUAAGGCAGUCACUUAUUCUUGCAUCAAGUCACUGCCCGGCUGCAUUGCGCAGUAUAGUUUUACUUGGAUCUUGGGACAACUUUUCGCGACCCUAUCCAUUAGAACUUGACGCACGUGGAGGCCUGAAUCUCUGGAAAGGUUGCUUUACCUUUUCUGAUAUCAUUUGCGACGGAGAUCUGGACCAACAAACACCGAAGCGGGACGGUCCUCUUAAGAUGGGCGGUACUUAUUGGUACUACUACAAGGUCGAUGAGGAUGAGGAAUGUCAUAACCCUUCGGAAGAAUCGACGACCUUUUGUCCUCUUCUGCCGGGACAGCGCCUUAAUGUGUUGGAUGUACCUCGUGAGGGGCACAGCCGCAGCAUCUCCGAUACCUCUUCAGCUUUCACGCGAGAUCCCAAAGAUAGGUAUCUGACACCAGUGCCACCUGCAAGCCUAAGACCUCUACCAUCCCCGAGAACAGGAUCUAGUGUGGAUUCAUAUGUCAUGCCUCUACCCUCGCCUUGGACCCCGAAAUCGGCGACGCAUCCUCCUACAGAGGCUUUCUUGUCUCCGAAUGUAGUGCGUCAUGCUCGAAGCGCAUCAGCAUCUCCUUAUAUGCCAUCAACUCCCAUCUUUCCCGACUUUAAGCUUCUGAAGGAGAAGCUAGCCUCGAAACGAUCUGCAUCGAAAAAUCGCAGUGGAUCGAAGACCAGGGAGCUAGAUAUCAGUGCGCCGGUGCUUGUCAGUGGUGGAGAAGAGCUCAACCUUGUUCCGUUGUCAAUAUACCGGCCCUCAUUCGAGUCUAUCAGAGAAGCGGAGACUUCAGCACCGCGCUCAGUACCAAAUAUCCGAAGGGAGUUUUCCCCACUGGCGUCGCAUCCUGUGGACCCCGACCAUGAUUCACUGUUCGGACCUGCAGAGUUGCCCACUGUGGACGAGCGCCCUAUCAGGCGACGCCGCUCACACGUACCAUCGACUGUUAUUACCAGCGAAUUCAAGGUUGAGCAAAGCCGUGUCCGCGCUAAUUCCGCCGACACGAGACGAACUCAGCAUUAUCUAUUUUCUAAUGACCCUUGGCUGUCUUCGCCAAAGCUUCAGCAAGAAUUUGAAUUCGAUGAUCGGGUGGUAGAAGAUGACACCCCAUCAGCCCCUGUACUCUCACGACCGUCGACUUUCCUCGGUGCACCUGUCUUGAAUGAGCGACCUACAUCCAGCCAUGGCAGCGUUUAUAACACGAACCUUCGACAUUCACCAUUCGACAAAGAGCUCCCAGCACUUCCUCGCUACCUGAUACCCGCACCACUCUACGCAUGCAACGAAGCAACGAUUAGCGAACUACCGGCCAACGAACCAGAAGACGAGUUCGAAGAAGCCGACGACGAUGAACGCCUCGAUCACUUCAACAUGCAAUUCCAAGAAAAGGCCCACAGCCACUUCUCCACAUGGAGCAACGACUCCAUCGGCUACAACUCCCCAACCUCCUCCAACGAUGACGGUGAACCCGUCUUUUCACCAACCUUCAGCUCCUUAACCAGCAACGACAGUGACAUAGAAACACCUCAUGGUCUCUUAAUCCGCUACUCCUGCGCCUCACCUCAGCAAGUACAAACCGAUUCCUCAAAACACAUGUCCACCGUUCUCGAUAUCCAAACUAUCGACAAUAACUACAGCUACAACGACACCUCCUCUAACGACGACGACGAAGAAGAAGAUGACGACAACCCAUUCCCCUACCGUCUCUCCACCCCACCUCAGCUGAACGAACUCCGCAUCUCAACCUUUGGCUCCGACCUCUUCCAAGUCGAGACUACUGGGCAGUAUUCUGAUGUGUCAUCGUCGCGUCGAUCGUCGCGGCGCCAAGCUGCUUGUUUUGGACUUGGCUUUCAGUACAGUCUGCCUGAGCAGGAUAUUGGAAGUAAGACUACGAUUACAGAGUCCGUCGGAGUUAGUGAGCGUCUUGAGCCGACGGUCAGCGUGCGGAAGGAGAGGGAGACGAGCGGUGUACAUGCGCUUAUGGAGGACUUUGCGUUUUUGGGUGAUGCUGUCAUUUGA